CAUCCUCUUUUAGCUCGUUUUUGUAAGGGAGGGAGUGCUUGCUUGAGCAUCAUAGAUCGCAUGAAAAGUAGAAAUGAUUGAAUCAGCCAUGGCCGUCCGAUUCCCCGCCGGCGCAAGUUUCCGAUCAUCUGCCGACUUAUUCCAUUAUCGUCGUCUAUGGAACUCCGACGAGGUUUCCUGCGGCCAAGUGGCGUCUAGCCGACGUUUGCUCUCUGGCUGCUUGAACACAGCUUGGAAUAGAUUUCAGAGGUUUAAUGGUGAUUCGCUGUCAAGAAGAAGAAAUAUUAAAAGGAAUAGGACUCAAGCAACAGCAGAACAUUUGGGCUCAGCGUCAGAUCCUAUAAAACAGAAUGAGAGGCCACAUUAUCAUCCAUUUGAGGAUAUUGCUGACUCAAUGUCAGAAGAUGAUGGAGAUGCAAGACUUACAGCUGCAGAAACUACUAGGACAAUCAUUGAGGUGAGCAGUAAAGCAACACUGAUGAUUACAGGUUUGAUCAAUGAUGAAGUUCAUGAGAACAUUAUUUGGCCAGAUUUGCCAUAUCUAACUGAUCAACAUGGAAAUGUAUACCUUCAAGUGAAGAAUGACGAAGACAUUUUGCAAUCUGUCACUUCAGAUAACAACUUUGUGCAAGUCAUUAUUGGGUUUGACACCUUGGAGAUGAUGAAGGAAAUGGAAUUAGCCGGUCCAUCAGAAAUUGAUUUUGGAAUUGAGGAGAUUGAAGAUGAAAAUAGUGAUGUUGAAGAUGAUGAUGAAAGCGAUGAGGAUGAUGGAGAUGAAAAUUAUGAGGAAGAUUGGGUCGCUGUUCUUGAAGAUGAAGAUGAUCAAGAUGAUUCUGAUGGGUUGCUUGGAGGCUGGGGAAAUUUUGAGACUAUGCGGUCCUCACAUCCAAUGUAUUUUGCCAAAAAGCUGGCGGAGGUUGCUUCAGAUGAUCCAGUAGAUUGGAUGGAGCAGCCUCCAGCUGGUCUAGCUAUUCAAGGCCUUUUAAGACCCGCCGUCAUUGAGGAACACUCUGAUAUUCAGAGGCGUAUAUCGAGCCAUAGGUUGCGUACUUCUGAAAUAAAGGAAGCAGAGGACAGUGCAGAAAAGAGUCAAGAGGAUCUUGAUAUAAUCAAUGAUGACAGACUUGAAUCAGGGUCUUCUGAGGACAGUACAAUGUCGGCAGAGGAAACAGGGAGGGAAGUCCCAAUAAAUGGUACUACGUUCUACAAGCUGGAGAUGAUUAAAAUUCAAUUGAUUACAGAGCAUGGCCAUCAGGCUGUUGUUGAAAUGGAAGACUUCAGGCGGGCUCAACCAGAUGGCGUUGCUCGCUCAUCAGCCAAAAUUAUAUCUCGUCUUAAAGCUGGUGGAGAAAAGACAAUAGAGGCUCUGAAAUCUCUCUGCUGUAGGUGUAAGGGUAUUCAAGUGGAGGAAGCAACGGUUAUCGGUAUUGAUUCCCUGGGCUUUGACAUUAGGGUUUGCUCAGGAAGACAAAUCCAAACAUUGCGGUUUGCAUUUAGCACUCGGGCUCCUUCAGAGUCCGCCGCCGAGAGACAACUCAACGACUUACUAUUUCCAAGGGCCCAUCACAAGACACAAAGAAAGAAACAUACUCAUUAAAAUGAAUUUUGAUGUUGUCAAAUCAGCCCCUAUUCCAGCUUAGCUCAAGAUUGUGCUAUCCCUCUUUCGCCAUGAAAAUGGAAAUGCCAGUUUGCCAGGUUAUAUAUUUUACCAUCACUGCUUAUUAAUGAUCAUCGAAAUCCAUUUUUUUCUAUGCAUUUUCUUUGAUUACAUUUGACUCAGUCAUGCUGCUUCAUACCACUGGUGGUUGACGCUAGGAUGCCAAAGAAUCCAUAUGUACCUCACAUUGAAUUCCUAGUGGAGGAACAAUUAAAAUGCUGUAAAAUUUUCAUUAAUAAUUCGAGGAGCAUUUACUUUCAUGAA